CGGCUCCUUUCCUGCAGUUUUCCUCUGUUCUCAGUAUCCGCUCGACUCUCUCUAUUAACACUGACAGGACAUCAGUUACAAGGUUCUUUCUUUUAAGGGAACCCUUAAUCAUGUCUCGAAGAUAUGAUUCACGGACAACUAUCUUCUCUCCUGAAGGUCGCUUGUACCAGGUGGAGUAUGCCAUGGAAGCCAUAGGACACGCUGGAACGUGCCUCGGCAUUCUGGCCAACGAUGGUGUGUUACUGGCAGCUGAGAGGCGAAACAUCCACAAACUUCUUGAUGAAGUUUUCUUUUCAGAAAAAAUCUACAAACUGAACGAAGACAUGGCGUGCAGUGUUGCUGGGAUUACGUCAGAUGCAAAUGUGCUGACUAACGAACUAAGGCUAAUAGCACAGAGGUAUUUGCUGCAGUACCAGGAACCAAUCCCUUGUGAACAGCUGGUAACGGCUUUGUGUGACAUUAAGCAAGCCUACACGCAGUUUGGAGGGAAGAGACCAUUCGGAGUGUCUCUACUCUACAUGGGAUGGGACAAACACUACGGCUUUCAGCUGUACCAAAGCGAUCCCAGUGGAAACUAUGGUGGAUGGAAGGCCACCUGCAUAGGAAACAACAGUGCAGCUGCAGUUUCCAUGCUGAAGCAGGACUUUAAAGAGGGAGAAAUGACUUUGUCAUCUGCACUUGCAUUAGCCAUCAAAGUGCUGAAUAAAACCAUGGAUGUCAGCAAGCUCUCUGCUGAGAAAGUGGAAAUUGCCACUCUGACCCGAGAGAACGGGAAGACCAAGAUCAAGGUCCUGAAACAAAAAGAGGUAGAGGAGCUCAUCAAAAAGCAUGAGGCAGAGGAGGCCAAGGCCGAGAAGGACAAGAAAGAGAAGGAGCAAAAGGAGAAGGAGAAAUGAGUAGCCGGCCGUCUCAUUUCCGUACAGAAUCCCCCAGUUUACCUUUAUGUCCUUUGUCUUUUUCUUAAAUAAAACUUCCACACACAAACUUGCCUGGUGAUUUUGAUUUUUU